ACCUUUGCAUGCAAAAGCUUGGGUGUAUUUGUGACUCCUGCAAGAAAAUGAAAAAUAAAUUGUUCGCAGGGAGAGAAAAAAAGCGGAAAGAGUGAACGCGAAAAUCAAAUUUCAGCCGCAAGGAUUGUGAAUCUUGUGUGUGAUGUAGGCUAUUACUGAAUGGGCGAACAGGGAUCUGUGGAAUGUCAUUUCUCAUGUGGUUUUCGCGGAACCACGGUGUCUCUCCUCAAGUCCUCAACUUGGCACGAACCAAUGCAGAUACCAAAGGACCGUUCCUGUGCCGUUGGAGACGGUCUGUGUCCAUCAUUGCGCUAAGUGCAGUUUAGAAUAGUGCUCCUUUCUUCCAGCACACGGGUGACAUGCAGUCUUUCAUAUCUCCGGUUACCAAGGCUAUUUUAGUAGCUUUGUUUAUUUUCGCAAUCUUGCUCAUUCUCUAUGUGAUUUUAUGGUAUAUAUGUCGAGACGUGGAUUGUGAUCACGGAAUCUGAUUUCGGGAAGCUUUACACGGAUCAGAGGUUUCCAGUAUAUCCUGACAUUGGCUUUAACGGAUCGGCCAGGGUGACCGUGGUACUCAGUGAUGAGUGAAGGUUCGUAAAGGAAUCUGUGUACCUUACAAGCAAUGGAGCAUAAGGGGGCUGAGGGUUCCCCAUCAGACCUCAAUCUGGUUGCUCACCCAAGAGCCAAAAGUAAGGUGUGGAAAUACUUUGGUUUUGACACUGAUGCAGAUGGAUGCAUAUUGCACUGGAAGAAAAUAUACUGCCGGAUCUGCAUGGCCCAAAUUGCGUAUUCAGGGAACACCUCCAACCUGUCUUACCACUUGGAGAAAAAUCACCCGGAUGAAUUCUGUGAGUUUGUAAAGAGCAAUACGGAGCAGAUGAGGGAGGCAUUUGCCACUGCUUUCUCUAAGCUCAAACCGGAAUCCUCCCAUUGGCUGGCCCAGGAGACUUUAACCAUGAAGCAGACCUCUGAGUAUGAAAACAGGAAGCACACUGACCUGACCUCUGCUGUCAUCAGUUUCAUCUGCGAGGGGAUGUUCCCCUUGUCUAUUGUGGAUGAGCCCACGUUUAAAAUGCUCCUGAAGACGGCUGAUCCCCGGUACACACCUCCCAGCAGGCGCUGCUUGUCCGCUAAGGCCAUCCCUCAGAAGUACUACCUUGUCCGGGAGGCCGUUUUCAAGGAGCUUGCCGAUAUCGUGUGGUGCGGGAUCUCCACGGACCUGUGGAGAAGCCAUACGCAGAACAGGACCUACAUCUCCCUCUCCAGCCACUUCCUGAGCCACGGGGCCUCGAACGCUCUCUCCAUUACCGUACGCUGCUUGAGAACCUUCGAAGUGCCGGAAGACAACACCGCCGAAAGCAUCACGCGCGCGCUGUACGAGGCCUUCGUUGAAUGGGGAAUCAACCCGAAGAUCUUCGGCGCCACCACCGACUGUGCCCCGGAUAUCGUGAAAGCCUGCUCGCUUCUGGACCUUUCUGUGCAAAUGCCCUGCUUCGGCCACACCGUCAGUCAAGGGAUGAACCAGGCCUUCGAGCUUCCGAGACUGAGCAGCUUUUUGGGCCACUGCCGCAAGCUGGUGGAGUACUUCCAGCAGUCCGUGGUGGCCAUGUACCUCCUGCGGGAAAAGCAGAAACAGCAAGGCCAGACCCAGUGCAUGCUGGUCAGCGACAGGGUCACGUGCUGGGUCAGCACCCUGGCCAUGCUGCGGCGUUUGAAAGAGCAGCAGUUUGUCAUCGCGUCGGUGCUGGCGGAGGACAGCAACAACCACCACUUGAUGCUGGAGACCGCGGAGUGGAGCAUGGUCGACGGCCUGAUCGAGCUCCUGCAGCCUUUUCGGCUGGUGGCGGACAUGAUGGUGUCGUGCCGGUACCCCACCAUCAGCAUGGUGAAGCCCGUGCUGCACAUGCUGCUGAAUACCACCCUCAAGGGCAAAGACACUGACCUCAAGGAGGUGAGCAUGGCCAAGGAGGUGAUCGCCAAGGUGCUGUCCUCCGCUUACCAGCAGACUCCCGAGAUCGACAUGUUCCUGAACGUGGCCACGUUCAUUGACCCCCGCUACAAGAAACUCCCCUUCCUCUCUCCCUUUGAGCGUUCCCAAGUAGAGGCCAGGGUUAUAGAGGAGGCCAAGGCGCUCCUGGAGAGGCGUAAGGAAGAGUGCUCCGGUUCGGAGGAAAGUGCUUCCUUCCCAGACGAGCCCCCCAUCAAAAGGCAGGCCAUCAGCGCCCCGUCCCCCCCCAGCAAUGCCAGCAACCUGCUGGCAGUGAUUUUCUGCCAGUCGGGAGCCGAUGAGAACCAGGAGGAGCUCCACGCCCAGGUAAUGGAGGAGCUGAGCAACUUCAAGUCGCAGAAGGUUCUGGGUCUCAACGAGGACCCUCUUCGUUGGUGGUCUGACCGCAUGGCCUUGUUUCCCACCCUCCCGAGAGUCCUCCAGAAGUACUGGUGCGUCCCCGCCACCAGCGUCCUGCCCCACCGGCUCUUCAGCUCAUCGGGAAACGUCCUGAGGGGCAAGAGGAGCCGCCUCGCCCCCUCCCACGUCGACCGGCAGGUCUUCCUGUAUGAGAACAUGCGCAGCUGCUACGAUGGCGAGCCGGCAGAGGAGGAUGAGGGGGAGUGGGGCGUGGAGCAGGAGCAAGGGCUGGCUGUAGGUGAUUGCCUAGCUGCACAGGCCAAUGUCAUGAACACCAAGGACAUUUUCUUAUGAGCAUAUGUGUAGAGCAUACAUAUUAGCUCUGUCAAAUCUGUAUUACCGUCUUGCGCUGCUCAACUCUGGACCUGACAGGCCGCAGUGUCUGCAGGCAUUUGCUCAAACCAUGCACUACACCUCCUGAUUUCAAGGGGCUUACUUGGUGAAACAAGGAGGUUAAGUAAUUGGUGGUGUAGUGCAUUGGUGGAGCAAAUACCUGCAGUUGAGUAGCGCUGAUCUAGUUGCUUUAAACAAGGAUUAAUGCAUCCUUUCCUGCACUGUGUUUAAUGAAAUUCACUGUUACUGUUAAUUAUUGUAUAGUUGUAUGAUUUUAAUUUUUUUCUUGAAAUGCACUUAUACUGUGUGAUAUUGUCACUUGAUUUUCAGUAGGCAUGAAUAUUUCCCUUGGACAUCAUCUGUCAUGUAAGUCCAGCACAGUUAAGUUUACCUGCAGUUUAUUUGGGGAAUUAAUCAUAAGGUAAGGAGUUGCAAAUGUUUAAUGUCAAAUAGUGUUUAGUUGCAAUUAAAUUGAAUAACUUUGACAAAUCAAUAUGUUUCAGUAUAAACAAAUCCAUAUUUUUGGAUUUAUAAGAAAUUGCGAAUGAUGUCAGUUCUUUUCAGAUUAUUCCUGGGUGGCCUUUCAUUUAUUACUUGAACAAAGUUAAUUUAUCUGAGUAUCCAAGUCAUUUUUAAUCUGGGGAGUUGAUUAAUUUAUCUUGGGUCUUUUUGCUUUGUUGUCGAAUGUGUUCUUUUGUGAAAAUAAAACGGUGAAAAGGAGGGAAGCCUUUAUCUGUGCAUUCUGCUUUUAUGUUUUAAUGUACUAUUUUCUUUUUUAUACCACUGGGGUGGAAACAACAGUAAUCAUAGGCUGUUAAAAAAAGCAAAGGUUGCAAUUAGAUGGCAGACCCAUAGAGAUUAAGUCAGUCCCGGGAUUAUUAACAUCGUUAAAUGCGUCAGGCUAUUUCAGAUGAUCUGUUCCCAUUGAAUGCUCUGUGUGUCAACAGGACUAAAGUCAUUGAAAGUAAGCUCAUUUGAAAAGUUUCCAAAGCAUUUUUGUUCUGUGCUGUCUUCCAGAACAUGAUUUACCUGCCAACAUUUGCCAAGAAUUAUGGUCAGCCCUGUACUAAUCAGCAUAACCCAACAUUUCUGUCCCAUUAGAACACAUACUUCUUGUUGUCCCUCCUCAAACAUUGUCUUAAUGUUCAUAACCUUUAAAGAUUUGAUGAAACUUUUGCCAGUCAAAAUGUUGAGACUUUCCGGAAUAAAAGAUUCUUGCAAGUGA